GCUGGUAUUUCAACAUUAUUUCACAAUACACGAAUGACUUUAAAAGAUGCUUUCAUGCUGAUAAGUUGAGUUGAGAAACCUGUAAAUGGACAAAAUAAAGGACUCAGUUACAGAAAACCAGAAUCUGAACAUCUCUGCCUGAACAUCAUGAAACAAACGAUGAAGGUGUUUGUCGCGGUUCUGCUCUCUGUUUUCACGGCGUCUGUUGUUUGUGGAUACAGACCAUUCGACUGCUCUGAACUUUAUAAAUCAGGACGGACGGCCAGCGGGAUCUACUCCAUCUAUCCUGCAGGAGAUGUUCCUGUCUGGGUUCACUGUGACAUGAUCUCAGAUGGGAAAGAUGAAGAUAAAGGAGGAUGGACGGUGAUUCAGAGGAGAAUGGAUGGCAGUAUUAAUUUCUAUCAGCCGUGGAAAGAGUACAAGAAAGGGUUCGGGACCACCGAGAGUGAAUACUGGCUGGGGCUGGAGAACAUGUAUCACCUGACACGAAACAGGAAGUACAUGCUGAGAGUGGAUCUGGAGGACUUUGAAGGAAGGAAGGGUUUCGCUCAGUACUCGUCUUUCUCUGUCGGUCCUGAAGCUGAUGGGUAUAAACUACAAGUUUCAGGAUUCAAAGAUGGAGGAGCAGGCGACUCUUUGACUGGCCAUAAUAAUCAGAAGUUCUCCACCUUUGACAAGGACCAAGAUGCCAGUGGAAAUAACUGUACUAAACAGUUUGUGGGGGUAUAUCAGUACAAAUUCUGUUAUACUGCCAACCCCAACGGUGUGUAUUUACGGGGAGAAGAUAACACACACAUCGGUAUUGGUGUGGUUUGGUCAACCUGGAAGAACAGCUUCUCUGUCAGUAUGAAGUCCUUCAACAUGAAGAUCAAACACAUGUCUUAGAGAAAAACUGAUAUUGUUAUAAUUAUAUAAAAUGUUUAGUGUUGCUCUUCUUUCUUAACUGUGUGCAACUGAGAAAACCAAUAAUAUUACCUUCAUUUUUGGUUAGUUUUUUGUACUUACUAAUAAAAUCUAAAUAAAAAUAAUAAUAAAUAAAAAUAUUUCUUUUAUUUUGCUGUCAGCAGCAGGUCCGUUAUCUUGAACCUGCUCGGGAACAGCUUAUUUCACCUCAGUGUUUGCGGCGUAACAAAUCUGUUUCAAAGAGAAAGUUCAAUGAAUUGCCAAUUACAACAUUAAAGCUUGUACACAUACUAGUGAAUAACUGUGAAUAUAAAUAAUUGGGAAUCAUGUAAAAAAUAAAAACUUUAUAUAUGUUGCAAAAAAAUAUAUAUUGCAAAACCCUUGA